AUGACCAGCUCUAAUCACUCGGAAUCCUCUGAUCCAAGUUCCUCGACGGCUAUGAGAUUUUCGGAAUCCAGCAUAGACCAGUGCAUCGAGGAUGCCCGAGCCUUGAUCCUCAAGUGGAACCCAGAAACUUCUUCCUACGCCCAAAUCACAUCCCUCUUCUACGACGACAAAUCUGAGGCCAUGCACUACAUCAAAUGCGUUAACCAGCUCCACAAGGUAAUGCAUCUUCUCCACUCCCACCAGAACCCAAUCUUCUCCGAGAAGCUCAGUCUCGCCACCAAAUUGAUGCACAUGGCCAUGAAAAGGCUUCAAAAGGAGUUCUACCAAAUCCUAUCCAUCAAUCGGGCCUUCUUAGACCCAGAAUCACUCUCCACCGUCAGUAGAUCAUCUGUCAGUUCCACCACUUCCGAUUUCGAUGUCGAAGAUGCUACUGCACCGGAGGACGACGUACGAACUGCCGGUGAUUCUAUUUCUGAAUUGGAACAAGUCUCUUCACUUGCCACCAAAGAUCUUGGGUCUAUAGCCAAGUGCAUGAUCUCUUGCGGAUAUGGGAGAGAAUGUUUGAAAGUCUACACGGUCAUUCGAAAAUCCAUCAUCGAUGAAGCAAUUUAUCGGUUGAACUUGGAGAAAUUGAAGACUUCUCACGUUAAUAAGAUGGACUGGCAGGUUCUUGAUUUGAAAAUCAAGAUGUGGUUGGAGGCAGUGAAGGUUGCUGUGAGAACGCUCUUCAAUGGAGAGAGAAAGCUAUGCGACGAUGUCCUCGCCGCUUCAGAUUCCAUCAGAGAGAGUUGCUUUGCCGAUAUUUCCGGAGACGGAGCCACUAUUCUAUUCUCAUUCCCUCAACACGUAGCCUCCAGAAUUAAGAACUCGCCGCCGGACAAGAUGUUUAGGGUGCUUGACAUGCUAAUUGUGUUAACUUCAUUAUUGCCGGAGAUCCAAUCCAUCUUCUCUUUCUCCUCGACCUCCGAAAUUUUAAAUCAAGUCCAUAAUUCUCUGCUCCGACUGAGCGAGUCCGUUCGGACGAUGCUUUCAGACUUCGAGUCCACCAUCCAAAAAGACACAUCCAAGUCGUCGGUAAAAUCGGGCGGAAUUCACCCGCUGACCAUACAAGCUAUGGGCUUUCUCUCAAUUCUCUCGGAUUACAGUAACGUUCUCUCGGAAAUAUUCUCUGAAUGGAGUCCACCACCAAAGUCUCCAGUGCCUGAAUAUUUACUAGAAAGUCAAGAUUCCGAUGAAGCGUCAACGACGCCAUCGUUCUCUGCUAGAAUAUCUUGGCUGAUUUUCGUUCUUCUCUGUAAGCUCGACAGCAAAACAAAGCAUUGCAAGGACGCUUCAUUGUCGUACCUAUUUCUGGCAAACAAUCUCCAGCAUGUGAUAAUCACAACGCGAAACUCGAACUUGCAGUACGUGCUGGGCGACGAGUGGAUCAGGAAGCACGAAACGAAGAUGAAGGGGUUCGUGAGUAAGUACGAGAAGUUGGGGUGGGGCGAGGUGAUUUCGUGCUUGCCGAGAAAUCCAAAGGCGGCUAUGCCGGCGGAAGAGGCGAGGGCCAUAUUCAGGAAAUUCAACUUCCAUUUUGAGGAGGCAUAUCGGAAGCAGAAUUCAUUCGCGGUGCCGGACAGGAAAUUCAGGGAGGAGAUCAGAGGAUCGAUAGCGAGAAAAAUAGUGCCGGUGUAUGAGGAGUUCUACGAGAGGCACAGGACCACUGUAGGAUCGGUGAGAGAAAUGGCAAUGUACGUGACAUUUCACCCCGAUGACGUGAAAGGUUAUCUCGCGAACUUGUUCUUUGCCGGGAUAAAAUCUGGCAGCGUAGCGACGUCGUCUUCGUCGUCAUUGUCUUCGCGAACGUCAUCUCCUCAACGGCCGCAGCAGAGGAAUUAG